UCUAUAGAGAGCACCAACACCACCAUUGAGGACGAGGAUGUCAAAGUCCUCUGUUUUGGGAACUUGGUGGGUAGUGUGUGGAGCUCUAAGGGUCGUUCCACUCAGUCCUCUGAGCCCAGGCAGACUCCCUCCUCUUCAGGACAGACUCGGAAGCAGGAAAUCAUCAAAGUCACAGAGCAGCUGAUCGAAUCCAUCAACAACGGAGACUUCGAGGCCUACGCGAAGAUCUGUGAUCCUGGUCUGACGUCGUUUGAACCAGAAGCUCUGGGGAACCUGGUAGAGGGACAUGACUUCCAUCGCUUCUACUUCGACAACGCCCUGUCUAAAGGUAGCAAGCCGGUGCACACCAUCCUCCUCAACCCUCACGUCCAUCUGAUAGCGGAGAACGCUGCGUGCAUCGCCUACAUCCGCCUGAGCCAGUACAUGGACGCGGGGGGGAUGCCUCGCACCAUGCAGUCUGAGGAGACCCGCGUCUGGCAUCGCAGAGAGGGAAAGUGGCAGAACAUACACUUCCACCGCUCGGGCUCGCCCAGCGUACCAUCCCAUUAAUGGAAUAUCAAGCUUCAGUCUAAACUCCCAAGAAUCAACAAGGCAACCAGUGGUCUCCAUUUAACCUCUAACCCCUGACCCCUCUGUAUGGACAUGACAUCACACAGCAAAAGGAAAUCAACCCUAAAAGGUCGUCAGGUCAUCCUAACCACCUAGAGUGCGUCCCUAAAUGGCACCCUAUUCCCUACAUAGGGCUCUGGUCUAAAGUAGUGCACUAUAUAGGGAAUAGGGCUCUGGUC